CGACCGGCCGGAGGGCGUGAGCCGGGAGGCGCGGCGAGCCCCGGAGCCGGCGACCAGCGAGCGAGCGAGUGAGCCAGCCAGCCAGCCCCGGAGCAAGCUCGGGGAGCAGACACCAUGCCGGGCUGGAAGAAGAACAUCCCCAUCUGCCUGCAAGCGGAGGAGCAGGAGAGAGAUGAGAGUCCCUACAGUAAAUCUGCAAGCCAGACAAAGCCGCCCGAUGGAGCAUUGGCUGUGAGGAGACAGAGCAUCCCAGAGGAAUUCAAGGGCUCCACUGUGGUGGAACUGAUGAAGAAGGAAGGAACCACGCUUGGCCUGACAGUAUCAGGAGGAAUUGAUAAAGAUGGCAAGCCAAGAGUGUCCAACCUGCGGCAGGGAGGAAUCGCUGCCAGAAGUGACCAGCUGGACGUGGGUGACUACAUCAAAGCAGUGAACGGGAUCAACCUGGCCAAAUUUCGCCACGAUGAGAUCAUCAGCUUGCUGAAAAAUGUUGGGGAGAGAGUGGUCCUGGAGGUCGAGUACGAGCUUCCACCGGUCUCUGUGCAAGGAUCGAAUGUUAUGUUCCGAACAGUAGAGGUCACUUUGCACAAAGAAGGCAACACCUUUGGUUUUGUCAUACGAGGGGGAGCACAUGAUGAUAGAAAUAAGUCUCGUCCGGUUGUGAUAACCUGUGUUCGUCCUGGAGGGCCUGCUGACAGAGAGGGCACCAUCAAACCUGGAGACAGGUUGCUCAGUGUGGAUGGAAUUCGGCUUCUUGGAACUACCCAUGCUGAGGCCAUGAGUAUUCUUAAACAGUGCGGACAAGAAGCAACGCUGCUGCUGGAGUACGAUGUCUCCGUCAUGGAUUCUGUGGCAACAGCAUCCGGACCACUACUAGUUGAAGUUGCCAAAACUCCUGGUGCCAGCCUUGGUGUUGCCCUAACUACCUCCGUGUGCUGUAACAAACAGGUCAUCGUCAUAGACAAAAUCAAAUCUGCAAGCAUCGCAGACAGGUGCGGGGCCCUGCACGUGGGGGACCACAUCCUCUCUAUCGACGGCACGAGCAUGGAGUACUGCACGCUGGCCGAAGCCACCCAGUUCCUGGCCAACACCACUGACCAGGUCAAGCUGGAGAUCCUCCCCCACCAUCAGACCCGCCUGGCCCUCAAGGGCCCUGACCACGCAGCUAUGGUGUCCUCGUCCUCUCCUACCUCCAUGAGCGCGUACAGCCUGAGCUCCCUGAACAUGGGGACCUUACCUCGAAGCCUCUACUCCACUAGCCCACGAGGAACCAUGAUGAGGAGGAGACUGAAAAAGAAAGACUUCAAAAGUUCAUUGUCUUUAGCCUCCAGCACUGUGGGAUUGGCCGGACAGGUUGUUCACACGGAAACCACAGAGGUUGUGCUGACGGCUGAUCCUGUCACGGGCUUUGGAAUCCAGCUGCAGGGCAGUGUGUUUGCCACAGAGACGCUCUCCUCCCCGCCUCUGAUUUCCUAUAUUGAAGCUGACAGCCCAGCGGAGAGAUGUGGGGUGCUACAGAUUGGAGACAGAGUAAUGGCCAUUAAUGGAAUUCCAACAGAAGACAGCACCUUCGAGGAAGCCAAUCAGCUUCUGCGAGAUUCUUCCAUCACAAGCAAAGUCACACUGGAAAUCGAGUUUGAUGUCGCAGAGUCUGUCAUCCCAAGUAGUGGAACGUUUCAUGUAAAACUACCUAAGAAGCACAGCGUGGAACUUGGAAUAACCAUCAGUUCACCAUCCAGUAGAAAACCAGGGGACCCUCUUGUCAUUUCAGAUAUCAAGAAAGGCAGUGUGGCACACAGAACUGGAACUCUAGAACUUGGAGAUAAAUUGCUCGCGAUAGAUAACAUCCGGCUGGACAACUGUUCCAUGGAAGACGCAGUCCAAAUCCUCCAGCAGUGUGAAGACCUGGUGAAGCUCAAAAUCCGCAAAGAUGAAGAUAACUCAGAUGAGCAAGAAAGUUCCGGAGCGAUUAUUUACACCGUGGAGCUGAAGCGCUAUGGGGGGCCCCUUGGCAUCACGAUUUCAGGAACUGAAGAGCCGUUUGAUCCUAUUAUCAUCUCAAGCCUCACUAAAGGGGGAUUAGCUGAAAGGACUGGAGCGAUCCACAUUGGAGACCGAAUCCUAGCCAUCAAUAGCAGCAGCUUGAAGGGGAAGCCUCUGAGUGAAGCCAUCCACUUGCUACAGAUGGCAGGAGAGACUGUCACCCUGAAAAUUAAGAAGCAGACAGAUGCCCAACCAGCAUCAAGUCCCAAGAAGUUCCCUAUCACCAGCCACUCGAGUGACCUAGGAGAUGCCGAAGAGGAACCCUCUCCGAUACAGAAGCCUGGCAAGCUCACUGACGUGUACCCCUCCACUGUGCCCAGCGUGGACAGUGCUGUGGACUCCUGGGAUGGGUCUGGACUAGAUGCCAGCUAUGGGAGUCAAGGCACGACUUUUCAGACUUCAGGAUACAAUUUCAACACCUAUGAUUGGAGGAGUCCAAAACAGAGAGGCAGCCUGUCCCCAGUCCCCAAGCCUCGAAGCCAGACUUACCCAGAUGUGGGGCUGAGUAAUGAAGACUGGGAUCGGUCCACAGCCAGUGGCUUCACAGGGGCUUCUGACAAUGCGGAGGCUGAGCAGGAGGAAAACUUCUGGUCUCAAGCACUGGAGGACCUGGAGACCUGUGGCCAGUCGGGGAUCCUUCGAGAGCUUGAGGAGAAAGCCGACAGGCGUGUGUCAUUGAGAAACAUGACUCUCUUGGCAACAAUCAUGUCGGGGAGCACUAUGAGUUUGAAUCAUGAGGCUCCAACCGCUCGCAGUCAGCUGGGGCGACAGGCCAGCUUCCAGGAACGGAGCAGUUCACGGCCACACUAUAGCCAAACAACUCGAAGCAACACCCUGCCUUCAGAUGUGGGCAGGAAGUCUGUAACCCUGAGGAAAAUGAAGCAAGAGAUAAAGGAGAUCAUGUCCCCAACUCCCGUGGAACUUCACAAGGUGACCUUAUACAAGGAUUCGGGCAUGGAGGACUUUGGGUUCAGUGUGGCAGAUGGCCUGCUGGAGAAAGGGGUGUAUGUCAAAAAUAUCCGCCCAGCUGGGCCAGGUGAUCUUGGUGGCUUGAAGCCCUAUGACAGGCUCUUACAGGUUAAUCACGUCCGGACGAGAGACUUUGACUGCUGCCUGGCCGUGCCGCUCAUAGCCGAAUCUGGCAACAAGCUGGACCUGGUUAUUAGCAGAAACCCGCUGGCCUCCCAGAAGUCAAUAGAACAGCAGGCUCUGCCAGGAGACUGGAGUGAACAGAAUAGUGCUUUCUUCCAGCAGCCCAGCCAUGGCGGUAAUCUAGAGACACGAGAACCCACUAAUACAUUAUAGCAGUACUUUUAUAAAACAGGACAAAAGACGAUAUCUACAUGGUGCUAAACAAACAAACAAACAAACAAAAAACCCUUUAAGAUUUCUGUGACAGGUGAAGCACAGAGAGUCACGUGGCAUUAACUGCAAGCACAGGCGUCUUUUAACUCUCCCUCAUGGCUCAUGUUCAUAUCCCUUCCCAAACUUGAAGAGGUUUCUUUUACAAUGAGCACUCCAGUAAGUGUCAGGUCAUUCUCUGCCUGGCCCAACGGUGGAGAAUAAGGAGGAAGGCAGCCCACCCCUUCCCACAGUUAAGAUCAGAGGAAGUUUUUUUUACAAUUCACCUUACUGUCACUCUCUACAGAGGGAAACAUCUGUUUGAAAAUAUUCUCUCUGAUGACUUCCUGAAUGAAGUAAGUUUCUCACUAGCAUAAAAACACAAGCAACAUGGAUUUACAUAAAGCUGGCUCUGCUAGCGAGCUAGGAUGGGUGAAGCACUAGGCCUGCCGCAGUGGGAGGGGCACAGGUAUAACACUAGGUUUUUCUUAAAAUGUUUCAGCAACAAUGCACGUAGGAGACCAUAAUAGGUGGUGGUAAAUGUUUUGCCCAACUAUAGGAAUGAUUUUAACUAAGAUGUAUGCUAUUCCCUAUGCAACAAAUGAUCAAACAGGAUAUGUCUUGUGACCUGUUUUUUUUGUUUUGUUUUGUUUUGUUUUUCAGGGACACUUUUUUUUUUUAAAUAGCUGAAAAUCUCUGAUAAUGAACUAGAGUAUGUAGUAACACUGGGAAUUAGUGAUAUGAUCCUAUUUUUAAAAUCCAAGAGUAAGAAUUUAAGAAUGAAAGAAGAGUCUAAUGAAAUGAGGUUCACACUAUGGGUAGGCAAACAGACCUCAUCCAGCUCAGAUGUCCGCAGACUGGUACACUGAGGGGCAUACAGCACAUGUACUCAAUGACACCUUUUGUUCUGAGCCACGCCACUUGCCGAACUUGUAAAUACAUUCCCACAAAACUCAUUGCCAAUCAUGACCCCCCCAAAGCAAUAAACUGUGACAGUUGCUUUAAAUGUUUGUUGGCAACUGUUUUCAUUUGUUCAGAUAUUUUGAAUAGCUACACUAAUAACUGUUAUUUGGUAAAUAUUAAAAAAAAUAGAUCUGUAUAUUGAUGGUAGAAUGUUGAAACAAUUAUUUUCCAAACAUGUUCAUUUUGGUCACUAAUACACACACAUACCCACACAGGCAAAAUAUCCAAACACUGUGUCCUUUGUUUAAGGGAAAUGAUUCAUCUUUCUUUUUUGUGCAAAGAAAUACAUGAUUCCAAACACAUUUCAGAACUGCCAGGGCAAGAAAGUAUAGAACAGAAUCACGUUAAGGAAAAAAAAAAAUAAAAAGAUCAUGAGUCACUUAAAUAUGUAUUUUUGUUUGUAACAAACAAGUAUUAAACUGUAAAGUAUUUUUGUACAAAUUUAAUACUUUAAUAGCAUGGUAUUUAUCGUCUAUGUAUG